AUGGAGGUGCCGCCUCCGGUGAGAGUUCGACCCUCGUUACCGAAGAUGUCCACCGUGUGCCCACAGCAGGGUAGGCACAAGGACGGGUGGCUUGCACAUUAUAGUGGGCUCUCGAAGCAUCUAUCACACCCUCUCCUGCUCACCCUCCUGGAUUCAGCGUCAAGACAGAGUCCAGAAGGCCAGAGGCUGGAUCGGUGUGAAUCCGCACUUAGGGGUGCCACCACACCCCUGGUCCGUGCACAAAGGACUGGAAGAGGAGAGAGGGGAUGGGCGGCUCAAAUCCCAUCUAAAGGGGAGACCACAUUAAGAAGAGACCAGUACUGCCUGACUCUCGGUCCUGGGAGGGGAGUCGAGUUAUCCCGUCAGUUGACAACCUCCCAGGGCGUAGCUUUUAGCGCACCGUGAUAGAUUCGGACGCAUCAGAUUGUUUAUAUUGGGGAAUAUGCGCUGAGAGUCUACCUCACUCUUCCCUCCCUCUCCCAUACAUCAGUCUAAUUUUCAACACGAUCGGUCGAAUGAUGCGAGGAUUGGGAGCAGUAUCCUUUUGCAUGAACUACUAAUAUCUGCUAUAGUCUCUGAUGAUGGGUUCGAGCAGGGAUCUUGUUCCAGCGAUCGUGUCUCCUUCUCUACGGCUGCUUCGUGGGACUCGCCUAUUCGCUUCUAGUGUCCGACAAAGUUAAACGGCUCAGCUGCACGUGCUACACAGACUACAAUAAUGGCGGCUGGGGUUGCAGUCACGAAACCAUUGACCGGCUCACAGCUGUGAACGCCAAGUCAAACGAUGACGAGAACCGGCUACGGCCGACUGAUCGAUAAAUCGACCUGAGAGUCCGACUGCGCAUGCCACACACGAUACCUGGCCUCAACGCAGCAUUCCAGGAUUUCACGCAAAGGGGGCGGGCGACUUGGAUCUCACAUGCUUCCGACUUACUGAAAGACCACAUGGAGAAGAUGACAAAGAGCACGAGUCCCACUUGCGUGAGAGGUGCAGAUUGUGGUGAGUGGUGUAUGUGGCGGUAGGAUUUGGUCUGCGAAUUUGCCGAAGAUUGACAAGUAGGCACAUAGUACCGAGUAGGCUCACGCAAUGGCCGAAUAUCCGCGGCCAGUACGGACAGUUGAGACGAAGGCGACGGAUGUAUGUUGAUGCUCCUGGUCCUGGUUUGUCAGUCUCAGUGCGAUGGGUUCGCAGGUCACCGACCAGGUCGAAGCGUGAGGUGAGGCUGUAGUUGCAAUGGAGACAGGUUGAGAUUGAAUUCAAAUUGCUGGUGGUAGGCGGUCGUGGUGAGGAUAGUGAUUGCCGAGGCUUGGCCCCCCAAACGUACCACAUGGUAGAUGCACUGGACCAAAACGGGAUCCAUAUCGGAUUCUGUCAGGCGUUAUCGGACUGCGCACCAUUACAAAUGCCAACAUUUCGGGAUGCGGUGACAGACCCGGUUGCUGAAAGACGUCGCGCACACUGGGAGCCCUGCCACCUCCCACUGUUGUUGUCGGUUAAAAUCCUGGUCAUUUGCUGCAUGGACCAGGGGGUGUGAAGUGGAACGCCAAAGUGUGGGUUCGACCGUGCUAUCCAACUGCUCCCUCUUCCGCCUCCGGUCUUCUUGACUAUGUCUUGACACCGGGUCCAGGUGGAGAGGGAGGAGAGAGAGAGCGUUAGAUGCUGUGCAAAUCCACAUUCACUACAAACUAAUUCACGCACAAGUCACCGUCCCUGCUCUCACCUUGCUGUGGAACACACGGUGGACAUCGUCGACAACGACGGUCGAACUGUCGGUUGACGGGGCGUUGGGGUGCUCUGAAUAGUGGCGGGAAGGGACGAAGUGCUUGUCGUCGUAACGGAAAUUGUAAAAGGUAAGAUUGAGGUGAUGAUGAUGAUGAUGAUGAUGAUGAUGAUGAUGAUGAUGAUGAUGAUGAUGAUGAUGAUGAUGAUGAUGAUGAUGAUGAUGAUGAUGAUGAUGAUGAUGAUGAUGAUGAUGAUGAUGAUGAUGAUGAUGAUGGAACUUGA